UCAGAGAGAACAGUCUGACGUCAUAACGGGGAAAAAUAAGGUGACGGUUCUUUUCAGACUUUUUUGAAUAGACCGAAAGGGAAAAAAAGUAUUCGCCUCUAAACCUAGUGGGAUCCGGACUCCAGCACCAACCGUCAAUAAAAAUGCGUUUGACAACGACGCACAAGUGCACAGGAUUCGGAAUCCAGGAGAUUCUGGGCUUGAAUAAGGAGACGCCCGCGGUUACGCGGCGUCCAUUGGAAUCUCUGCCGCACAGGGCGCACCUUCUGGCGGCUAGAUCGGUUUUGGACUCGGCGGGAGUCGGGAUUGGGAUGGGAAUUAUUGGUCCAGGAGGAGGAAUUCAUUCGUUUUACAGCCAGCCUGCCUUUCUGGAGGUGUUACAGGAGGCGCAGAGUGUUCACCUUCAGCCACUCAACAGGGCCAGGGCAAUGGGACAGCUUGAUGCGCACCACUCGGCAAGCUGCUCUGAUUCAGAUGACAUAUCCUCCAGUGAAAAGACAUUUUCCAAAUCAUCGAUGAACCAAAACAAGAAAAGAAAGAAGAGACGACACAGGACUAUAUUCACGUCAGAUCAGCUGGAUGAGUUGGAGAAGGCUUUCAACGAGGCCCACUACCCUGAUGUCUACGCCAGAGAGAUGCUCUCCAUGAAGACUGAACUCCCAGAGGACAGGAUACAGGUUUGGUUUCAGAACCGCCGUGCCAAGUGGAGGAAGAGGGAGAAGUGUUGGGGUCACAGCAGUGUGAUGGCGGAGUACGGCCUGUAYGGUGCCAUGGUGCGCCACUCCAUCCCUCUGCCGGAGUCCAUCCUCAGGUCAGCCAAGGACGGUAUCAUGGACUCCUGUGCCCCAUGGCUACUUGGUAUGCACAAGAAGUCCAUAGAUACCCCUGUUCCGACCUCUCCUGUAAAACUGGAAGCUCCCCUCUCCAAACUUCCUGCCAGGGAACGAGAGAGGGAGAGAGUGGUGGAGCGAAAGGUGGAGGAAGAGGAGGAGGAGGAGGAGGAGAGGAGAGAGAAUACCAGAUCGCCCGUAUCCAAAGAGGAACUGCGAGAGAAUAGCAUCGCUGCACUCAGGGCUAAAGCUCUGGAACACAGCGCUAAGAUGCUAGGGACACAUCCUGGUGGCGGACCACUGGGGACAGUUUCAGGGGAUGUACCAGGGGGGGCAGAGACAGCCGAUGGAGACAGAGGACAAACAGACAGAAGGACAGUUGAAGCCCGCAGAGAAGAUAGAGCCCAGUCACUGAUAUGAAUGCAUUCUUCUAAAGACUAUGCUAGGGCCUGUUGAUGCCCUCUCUGUAAAGAACACUGUUGACAUAUUCCUGACAUCCAUACUAUUAUAAACAAAAUAGUAUUAGUCACAAUACACAUUAUUCUUUCUAGCUAAAWAAGCUUCAUMAUGUUCCUAGGASAAYAAUACCGGAUAUCGUCAAUACCGGAUAUCGUCAAUASCGGAUAUCGUCAACCUCCCAAGCUUCCUGUCAUUGGGAUUCAUUUUGUCCAGAUCCAAUUUUCAAUCGUGGGAAUUCCAACUCAGUAAACUGGUACAACUAUACCCCGGCCUAUAACUGUCUACUUUGUUGUAAUCUGGCAGCUAUUUGGCAGCUUGCUAUUGUACAACUUUAAGAAGACUUAACUAUUUGGUGACAUGGGAUCAGUCUUUACAUAUGUACUGGCCCAUAUUUUUUUCCCCCCAAGGUAAUAGUCAAACCACACAAGGUGAAAGAUACAUGUUAUGAUAGAAAAUGCUGUGGAAUAAUGUGAAAAUCAAGAGACUCAUGUUGAUGAGGAUGCAUGAACAUGUUUACACAAAAUAGCCUAUCCCUUUGAAAUGGACWCCUGCUCGUCUAACAUCUCAUUCUAAAAAUCAUGGGCAUUAAUAUGGAGUUGGUCCCCCACUUUGCUGA